AUGGUGGGUCGGCAUGAGACGCGCGCAGAAAAGCAAGCCUUUGUGGCGCACCUGAGCAGUAUUAAUAGCGAAGACCGCCUGCGCAUAAUGAGAGAGCAACAAGCGUUUUUAAACGGCGAAAGAUCAACGGAUGCGGACUUCUCGUCGCUACCGUCGGCAAAGCAGAAGAAGACACGCGUGACGAUCCCUCACGAUACUGUGGUUGUGACCAGCACGGACAUCUUGAGCUUAGAGCAAAGUCGAGCAUCAGAAGUGACCGGUGCUAGAGCAGCGCCUCUGGCCGUGCUAGACGCAGCGGCGACCACUACGGAUGAGCGUUGCACUGAUGAAAAGGACGUUGACGGUCUUGAUUCGGACUGCGAUGAAGAUGCUGACGAAUUGAUGUUUGUUGAUGAAGAGGAUGCAGUAGCCCACGAUUCUAAAAACAAUGUCGAUUUCCCAAAUGUCGACCGUCCAUCUAUAGAGCCCGCCGCUAUAUCUGAAUCAGCUGACGAAGUGGUUGUGGAUGAAGCUGGUGUCGGGUUCGAGCUAGACGAAGAAGAUGACUUUGACUGGCACUUUCUCCAGCCGGAGGAGAUGUUGGAGCUUGCAAAAGACGAAGCUUCUCUUGCUCGAAUGCGAAAGUAUGGAUGGCAACUGGGUCCGUAUUUAGCGCCUGUUGUAUUGUGA